AUGCAAAAAGAUUUAUCAUCAAUUCCAUGGCCGAAUACACUUCGUGAUAGUAACGAUAUUCCAUCAACAACAUCCGAAUUCAAUUUGCCUUCAACAUUAAGUAGUGAACCGAUGGAUAUUGAUGUUGAACCUCGUCAAUCAAUUAUUCGAUCAACUGAACCUGAUCGUGUACAAGCACGAUAUAAUAAUUCUUCAAAUCAAAAUUAUUCUACUCAUAAAGUAUGA